AAUCGGAAGAGCUUAAGGGCCCUUAACAAAAGUUGAAAAUGUUGUUGAGAAGCCACGGGCGAUGGGCUUUUAACGCCACUGUGGAGAUUAGGGGACACAUGCGUGGUUGUUUCUCUUCUGGUCUGAUUACCGAGUCCUCCGCUAAACGCCUUAAAACGACAAUGGCGACUGAAAAUCCAAACCCAUUCAGGCAUGAAUUUGAAAAGUAUUGCGAGCAUCUCAACCAGUUGAAUGAGAAGAGAGAGAGACUUGUGAAGGCUAGCCGUGAUGUUACACAGAACAGCAAGAAGGUUAUUUUUCAGGUUCACAGGAUUGGUAACGAUGACAAGGAAACAGUUUUGAAACAGGCAGAGAAAGAUCUGAAUGGGGUUAGAAAGCAGCACCUCUCACGUGUUGCUAAUGAGUUGCAAGGCAAUGUCAAUGAUGCAUGGAAGCUUAGAAGAGCUUUUUCACCUGGGAUUCAAGAGUAUGUAGAAGCAGCGACUGUGCUUGAAUUCUGUAAGAGUGGGAAACUUUUGACCGUUGCAGAUCUCAAUAAUGAGAUUUCAAAGCUUGGUGAUUCAUCUACUAGCCAAUUCAAGAUCAACAUUCUGGAUUAUCUUUUAGGGAUUGGAGAUUUGACAGGAGAGCUCAUGAGGUUAGCCAUUAGUCAGGUGGCUGCUGGAGAGGUGGAGACAGCAAAGAGAAUAUGCAACUUUGUUCGAGAUCUUUACAAGGAAUUAAGUCUUGUUGCUCCAAUUAUGGAUGAUAAUAAUGACAUGAACAAGAAGAUGGAAAUAAUGCUUCAGAGUUUAGUGAAAAUAGAGAAUGAUGGGCAUGGAUGUUUAAAUCAAGUCAUUCACCAACUAUAUAAUGUGUUUCUGCAGCUUGCUAUGCUGUUCGUGUUAGAAGUUCAGAGAACAUACCUGAAGCUCAGGGUGAACAGUAUACAUACAAAAUGACGUUGGGUGAAGACUAAUUGAAGUGGUGUCUUGUGCAUCUAAUUGAAGCAAGGUGCAAUUGUGAGAAUACUCAGUUCUUUAGUUGUAUUCUUUUUUGAUGUAAUUAUAUGCCUUUAAUACAUGCAAUGGAAAUUGUAACAUAAUUUUUUGGUUUUGUUGUCAACCAUUAUAAACAAUAGAUGUAGAUGUAUUCUUGUGGUCCAGCAAGUAGCAAGAAACUAAAUCGAUACUUUACAAACCAGCUAUUAAUGUUUUUCUGACAAAUUUUGAAUCUUAUAUGCGGUUUGAUAGAUUUAUUACUAUUGAUAGAUUAAUUGCA